AUGCACUCGGGCAUCGGGGGUGGCGGCUCCGGGCAGGGAGGCGGAGGACAGCAGCCGGUCGACUUUGGCUUCGGGCAGCAGGGUGGUGGUUCCGGCACCGGGCACGAGCGCUUCGGUGGAGACGCUGGCGGGUCCAGAGGACAACUGGGCGGGCACUUUGGAGCUUUGCAGGGUUUCGGGCAAGGCUUGUUGCAUGGGCUAGACGGCGGAGGAGGCGGACACUUUGGCUUGCAUGGCGGACACGGCGGCGGACACGGUGGUGGACACGGUGGUGGACACGGUGGUGGACACGGUGGUGGACAUUUCGAAGGGCAAGGUGGAGUUUUCGACGGAUGCGGCGAUGGACACGGAGGUGGACACUUCGGGGGCGGUGGUGGACACGGAGGCGGACACUUCGGGGGAGGUGGUGGACACGGAGGUGGGCACCUCGGGGGCGGCGGUGGACACGGAGGCGGACACGGAGGCGGGCACGGAGGUGGACAAGGCGCGGGUGGGCACUUUGGAGGCGGUGGACACUUGGACGAAAAGAGCUGGGAUUAUCUUCACUACCACCGCGAUUAUAUUGUUGCACCAUACAACUCUUUACGAAACAAGUAA